AUGUCGAGCUAUGUGAAAUUCCUCAAGGACAUACUUACUAACAAGAGGAAGAUCGGGGAGAAUGAAACGGUCGCAUUAACAUAUGAGUGCAGUGCACUGUUUCAAAACAACAUCCUCACCAAAAUGAAAGAUCCCGGGAGUUUCACAUUGCCCUACUCAAUAGGGGGAAAGAAGGUCAGAAAUGCGUUAUGUGAUUUGGGGGCGAGUAUAAACCUAAUGCCCUUGUCAAUCUUUAAAAAGUUAAAUAUUGGCAAUGCAAGACCAACCACAAUUACAUUGCAGUUGGCCAAUAGAUUAAUAACGCAUCCUGAAGGCAAAAUAGAGGAUGUACUUGUGCAAGUAGAUAAGUUCAUCUUCCCUGCUGACUUUAUCAUAUUAGUCUAUGAAGCUGAUGUUAAGGUGCCUAUCAUCUUGGGUCGCCGAUUUCUUGCAAUAAGGCGAGCACUGAUCGAUGUACAGAAAGGAGAACUCACCAUCAGGGUCGAUGAUCAGCAAGUUAAGUUCAACGUUCCCAAUGCAUUGAAAUACCCCAGUGAUAUGAAAAAUUGUCAAUAUGUUGAGGAAUUGCAGGAAGAACCUUGGCACGAGCCCUUAGAAGAGUUGGAGGAAGAAGAUUUUGGAAUCGGCGCAAUGUGGGAGGAGAAUUGUGCCGCAAGUCAAAUUGAGUCAGAUUUUGAAACAAUCAAGUUAUCUGAAUGA